AUGGUCGCAAUGAAUGGUACCGCUGCGGUCAACGACGAGAAGCCGAAGAAACGGCUAAUCCUCAAUGCCUUCGUGGAAAUGUGCUCCGGCCACCAAAGUCCAGGCCUCUGGCGACAUCCGGAUGACCGGUCCUCAGAAUUCAAUACAGUCCAGCACUGGAUCAAGCUGGCCCAAUUACUGGAGGAAGGCCACUUUCAUGGAAUGUUCAUUGCCGACGUCUUAGGAGGCUACGAUGUCUACGACGGACCACGGAAUCUGAAACAUGCCAUCAAGUCAGGCGCUCAAUGGCCGGUCAAUGAGCCUGCCGCCGUAAUACCAGCCAUGGCGGCCGCCACGAAGAGCAUAGGCUUCGGCGUCACGAUUUCAACGAGUUACGAGCAACCAUACCAUUUGGCGAGACGGAUGAGCACCCUUGACCAUCUGACGGGAGGUCGCGUCGGCUGGAACGUAGUAACCGGCUACCUCGACUCCGCCGCCCGCAACCUCUCCAACGGCGCCUCCCAAGGCAGCCACGACGAACGCUACGCCAUGUGCGAAGAAUACAUGUCCGUCGUCUACAAACUCUGGAACAGCUCCUGGCGCUCCGACGCCGUGCGUCUCAACCGCAAAAGCGGCAUCUACACUGACCCCGGCCUGGUACGAGAAAUCAACCAUCAAGGAAAAUACUUUGACGUGCCAGGGCCGCAUUUCUGCCAACCGUCGCCGCAGAGAACACCAGUGAUUCUACAAGCGGGGACAAGUAAGGCUGGGAAGGCGUUUGCUGCGAAGCAUGCGGAGUUGAUCUUUGUGAGUCAGCAUAGUCCAGUGGCUGUGAAGAAGAAUAUUGCGGAUAUUCGGAAGGCUGCUGCGGAGGCUGGAAGGGAUCCGAGUAAGAUCAAAGUCCUGGCUAAGUUCGCUCCAAUACUGGGCCAGACGAAGGAGGAAGCAGAGGCGAAGUAUCGAGACUAUGUGCAGUAUGGCGAUUUUGAAGGCGCUUUGGCGCUGUUUGGAGGCUGGACGGGGGUUGAUAUGGCGCCAUACAAGGACGACGAAGAGUUGCGGUAUGUUGAGAGCAACGCCGUGCGAUCGUAUGUUGAGGGCUUGAUCAACCAUGCUCCGGAUGUCAAUGGUGGGAAGUGGACGAAGCGUACACUCGCCGAGCACAUCAUGGUUGGAGGUCUCGGAGCGACUUGUGUAGGAACGCCAGAGAUGGUGGCAGAUGAGAUGGAGCGAUGGGUUGAGGAGGGAGAUGUGGACGGGUUCAACAUCGCCUAUGCAAUCAUGCCGCAGACUUUUACAGACGUUAUUGAGCUACUGGUACCGGAGCUGAGGAGACGAGGCAUCUUCUGGGAAGACUACUGUGUGCCUGGUGGAACAUACAGAGAAAAUGUGUAUGAGAUCCCAGGGCAGACCGAGCCGCUUCCAGGUCAUCCGGCAGAAGCGAUGAUCUGGCGUCCACCAAGCUACACUUCUCGCACGGAUGAUGGCGUCAAUGAGCUGAGCAAUGGUCAUAUCAGUGAGCAGGAUGGAGCGGUUGGUGACGCUUUAGAUCCAAUAUCUAUGCAGUUUAGCUGA